AUCAAUUUUGGAUUUUUAUCGGUUUCUAAAGCAACUAAAAUACGUCUGAUAAUAAGAAAACAUAGCCAAAUGUCAUGAAAAGAACCAAACUCAGUGCAGAGUAUGAUCGAUUGUGAGGUUGGGACCUGAGACUCAACAUUAUGUUUGCCUAAACUGCAGCCUUACCCCUCUCGCACACUUUCCUUUUACAACUGCUCUCUUAAAAAAGCACAUCCUCUCUGAGUAGAGACCGCUGAGUGAUCGCUAUCACUGUUAACGGACUCACUGAUGCCUCCUUCUUGUUUUGUUUUUAUUUUAUACAAAUGCUUCUGUGCAACACGAGUUAACUGAGACCUCCCCGGACCGAGGCGAUGUCUGGACCUUCUGGCGUGAUGGAUAGUUGCUCUCCGCUGAGGCUGAAGCCGAUGCUGCUCAUCGGGUUUCUGUUCGGAUCUACUAACGUUGUCUGUCUGCAUGGAAAUCCUAUCGCAGGUUAUGUCUCUACCAGUGUGGACCAUGAUAUUCACUGUGUGAACGAUUACCUGUUCACCAUCAACUGCUCCCUGAGCAUCGCACCAUCAGAAAACAGCUCAGACAGCUACUGCUACUGGCUCACUUUCAUACACAUAUAUGGAAAUAAGUUUGUGUGUAUGCUGACAAACACCAACGGGGAUUACUUCUGCUCCCUUAACACAUCCAAUCCGAUGCCUGAUGACGAUUAUUCGGAGUCCUUUGACGAUUUAGAUUCUUUUGAAAUCUCGCUAUGCCACAACAAAAGUGAUGGGUCUGAAUUGUGUGAAAAGCUGGAUGACAAUUAUGCGCCUGUGACAACCAUUAAACCAAACGCACCGUGCUGUCUCACAGUCACCCACAACUCAAGUCAACACCACUUCACCUGGAGAAACACCUAUGAGGAAGUGGGCCAGGACACCAAUCUGAUCAAAAGCUUCAAGUAUCAGCUCCACUACUACAAAAGAGGAGACAAACACAACGUUUUAUCGCAUGAAAUUAACACAGAAAGCAAGAGUUCUUCUGUGGAUGAUCAGAAUUUUGCACCAGACACCAAGUACACUGCCAGAGUGCGGUCAAGUCCUAAUCAAGUUACUUACAAGGGACAGUGGAGUGACUGGUCUUCUGAGAUUCACUGGGAGACGGAGUCAGCUGGGAAUGAUCUCCCAUCAAAUGCAAUGGUUUCUGGACUGAUUAAGGUGCUCAUUCCCUUAUUUGUGAUGGUGGCAGUCAUAUUACUUUUCUGCUACGCUCCAUUCAAGUGGCAGCAGAGUGCCUUCAUCCCGACUCCAGCGCCCUAUUUUGACACCAUGUACAGGGACUGCCAGGGAGAUUUCAAGAAAUGGGUGGUUACUCAAAAAAACCCAGAAGACAUGCUGAAGACAGAGGAAGCGCUCCAAAUUGACACGCUAAUCAAGUGUGCAGUUGUCGAGGGGGAAGAGUGUCAGCCCCACUUUCACCACCAGUUCGUGGAGGGUAGCACAUACAGCAAUAUAACGGACCCAGGCUGUGAUACUUCUCUCCUGGGCAUCCCGUACGCUGUGAGCACCAUGUUUCCGUUGCCAUCCCCCGGAAGCUCACUCCAGAGUGGGUGGAGUCCUACUGAAGGAGACUCAGGGUGUUGGCUGGAGAGGGACCCUCCCUGGUACUGCAAUGAGUACUGCACCCUGAGCGCCUUCCAGCAGAGUAGCCCGGUCAUAGCAGAGCACCAUGGGGGACCAUCAACAACAGCCCACCCAAAAUGGGCGGUCAGUGUAGAGGCCAUCACUGAAGAAUAAGCUGAUCCGUUUGUGUAUAGUACUGGACAGUAAAAUAGUGUAAAGUUGAACUGUUAAUAUCAGUAGGCCUAACAGUUCAACUAAUGCUUCAAAACGACUUUCAACUGCUUUAAGCUAAAAAAAAUAAUUACAGUACAUUCCUAAUUUGAGUUAUUUUGGCUAUUAUAACUUCAAUGUGCACUUAUCCACAGCAUUUUGCAUUUUGAUUACAUUAAAUAGUAAUUCUAGAACUGUUUGCUUGCAUCAAAUGAGUAAAUUGUGUAAAUGUAAACUAAGAGGUUUUAACAAACCUCAGGUUCAUAAGUUUUGC